AUGAUUAGACAAUCAUUAAUGAAAACCGUUUGGGCUAAUUCGUCCAGGUUUAGUCUGCAUGGCAAGUCAGGCCUUGUGGCAUGCACUAAAAAAAGAUCAUUCCAUGUUGCAAGGAAUUUGCUACAGGACAAGAAGGACAUUCUACAAAAGGUGGCGCCCACUACCAGUGUCGUUGCGAAGCAAUCAUUUUUCAGGAAAAGUGGGAAAUUUGCUUUGAAGUUCCUAUUGUAUUCUGCACUCGCGGGUACGGCAUACGUUUCCUACUCACUUUACAAGGAGGCCAAUCCUUCUACGCAAGUUCCUCAAUCGGAUACUUUCCCCAAUGGAUCGAAGAGGAAGACGCUGGUUAUUCUGGGCUCCGGUUGGGGGUCAGUGUCGCUUUUGAAAAAUUUGGAUACUACCUUGUAUAAUGUCGUUGUUGUUUCUCCAAGAAAUUAUUUUCUUUUCACUCCGUUACUACCUUCUACCCCAGUGGGUACGAUUGAACUGAAAUCGAUUGUCGAACCUGUCAGAACCAUUGCUAGAAGAUCGCACGGUGAAGUCCACUAUUAUGAAGCUGAGGCCUAUGACGUUGAUCCUGAGAACAAAACAAUCAAAGUCAAAUCCUCUGCCAAGAAUAACGAUUACGAUUUGAAUUUGAAAUAUGAUUACCUGGUUGUCGGUGUGGGCGCUCAGCCAAAUACUUUUGGCACGCCAGGCGUUUACGAAUACUCUUCUUUCUUGAAGGAAAUAUCCGAUGCUCAAGAAAUUAGAUUGAAAAUUAUGUCAAGUAUCGAGAAAGCCGCCUCUCUAUCUCCAAAAGAUCCUGAAAGGGCAAGAUUGUUGAGUUUUGUUGUUGUCGGUGGUGGCCCCACUGGUGUUGAAUUUGCCGCUGAACUAAGAGAUUACGUUGAUCAAGAUUUGAGAAAAUGGAUGCCUGAAUUGAGUAAAGAAAUUAAAGUCACUUUGGUGGAGGCUUUGCCAAACAUUUUAAACAUGUUUGACAAGUAUCUCGUUGACUAUGCUCAAGAUUUAUUCAAAGAGGAAAAAAUUGAUUUGAGAUUGAAGACAAUGGUUAAGAAAGUUGAUGCUACUACAAUAACUGCCAAAACUGGUGAUGGUGAUAUUGAAAGUAUACCAUAUGGUGUCUUGGUUUGGGCUACAGGCAAUGCACCAAGAGAAGUCUCCACAAACUUAAUGUCCAAACUAGAGGAGCAAGAUUCAAGACGUGGUUUAUUGAUCGAUAACAAACUUCAACUCUUAGGCGCUAAGGGUUCUAUUUUCGCCAUCGGUGACUGUACCUUCCACCCGGGUUUAUUCCCUACAGCCCAGGUCGCCCAUCAAGAAGGUGAAUACUUGGCUCAAUAUUUUAAGAAAGCUUACAAAAUUGACCAAUUGAAUUGGAAGAUAACUAAUACUACAGACGGUUCAGAGGUUACUAAAUUAAAGAACCAAAUAACCAAGACACAAUCACAAAUCGAAGAUUUCAAGUACAACCAUAAGGGUGCUCUAGCUUACAUUGGUUCAGAUAAAGCCAUCGCUGAUCUUGCCGUUGGUGAAGCCAAAUACAGAUUAGCCGGUUCAUUUACUUUCCUAUUUUGGAAAUCCGCCUACCUAGCAAUGUGCUUGUCCUUCAGAAAUAGAGUUCUUGUCGCCAUGGAUUGGGCUAAAGUUUAUUUCUUGGGUAGAGAUUCAUCUAUCUAG